AGUCGCUGGGCUUCACCCCCGAGGUGUCCUCCCAUAGCCUGCUGGACUCCAUGUCUUCUGGUCGGGGCCGACCCCCGUCUAUGGGCAGUGCGGCCCAGCAACACAGCCUGGAGCAACAGUCGCUGCCCCCUCACCUCCGUGCUCUCUCCGAACACCCGGCACACCCGCACAACGCCCUGGUGGAGCACCACACCCCGGGCGGGAUGGACGGGGGCGGCGGGGGCAGCCACAACGGGCGGGGAGGACUGUCGGCCUACGGCUUGGACAACAACGGCCCCCUGGUGGGCUCCCGGCCCAGCUCUCUUCUGUCUCCAGAGGCUGCCGCUCACUCCUCCCGCCCCGACUCCCACCCUCUGUCCCGCUCUGUCUACUCCUCCUCCUCCCUCCCCUCCUCCGCAGACAGACCUGGCUCUGGACAACAACAACAACAACAACACCACCACCACCACCUCGUGACCUCUGCCUCCACCACCACCUCCCUGAUCGAGGAGACUAUCGCUGCCGUGGCCUCCAAUUUCGGCAAGUCUCCGUCUAUCGGCGGUCCUAUCCCCGCUGGCCUGAGCCACACGCCGCACUCCAUGAUGAGUCAUCUAGGGGCUCUGGGACUCGCCCGCUCCUCUCUCGCCGGAGCUGGGGGAGGGGGUCACCAUAUGGGGGGCAGCGGAGGGGGCAGCGGAGGGGGCGGUGGGGCUCCAGGCGACGAGAGCCUGGUGGACCUUGUAGGACGCCAUCAGAGUCACACCAUCCCCAUGUUGUCGGAGCGAGCCUCCCAGUCGCUGUCGGGCCUGAUGGAUGAGCACGGCGCCCUGCACGCGCCCCCGUCCUCUGUGUCCGGCUCCUCCUCGGGGGGUGGGGGCCCGGGCUCCCAGCUAGAGAAGACACACCCGUGCCUCACCUGCCUCAAGAUGUUCCGCAGCAAGCAGCAGCUGGCCCAGCACAGCCUGGUCCACACGGGCAUCCGCAAACACAUCUGUUCCUACUGUGACCGCGCCUUCAAGCAGCUCUCGCACCUACAACAGCACGUGCGCAUACACACAGG